AUGGGCGUUGGCUAUGACACCCUCGACCGUGUUGCACUGGCAAAGCGAGGCGUCACGGUGUGCAAUGUUCCAGACUACGGAACCUGCGAAAUCGCCGACCACGCAGUUGGUCUAACCCUUUCGCUUCGGCGCGGCAUACUGUUACACAACGACGCACAACGCGCCACUCCUCCCGCCGGGUGGAUGUACAUCGCCACACCUCUGGUUUCACGGCUACAGGGCGCAACGCUCGGCAUUAUGGGCAUCGGCCGCAUCGGCACGGCUGUGGCGUUACGAGCUAAAGCAUUCGGCUGGCACGUCCUCUUCUACGAUCCGUACGUGAAGAAUGGGAUCGACAGAAGUCUCGGAAUCGAGCGCACUAGGGACAUUCGCGAACUGUUCCGACGCAACACGACGUUGAGCGUACAUUGUCCUUGUACGCCUGAGACAAGGGGCAUGAUCCGGUACGACUUGUUGAGCCUUUUGCCACGUGGGGCUGUGUUUGUGAACACGGCAAGAGGGGAGAUAGUCGACUUGGAUGCCAUCGAGCGCUGUAUGAGGGAAGGGAUCAUCAGUGGCGCCGGGCUGGAUGUGUUGCCGGAAGAACCCGUCCCUGAAGACCGUGUACAUCCGCUCAUUCAGGCGUACCGGAACAAGGAGUCUUGGUUGACUGGCCGCAUGGUUUUGACUUGCCAUACCGCCUUUUACAGCCCGGAAAGUCUCGUCGAUAUUCGGCUCAAAAGUGCCGAGACUAUGCGGGACGUUUUGAUCAAUGGGGGAAACAGCAAUGUUAUUGCUCCAGAGAUGGAGUAG